AUGCAACAAAGCCGAGUUUCUAGAAAUACUUCGACAAGUCAUAAAAACUUCUUACCUUGUAAAGAUGGUUAUGAUUGUCAAUUACAAUAUGAUAAUGCAACUGAACAUAAUACAUCCUAUUCUCAUCCUUGUCGUUGGUCAGAAUUAUGUCGUGAUAUGAAUAGAGAUAGUGAACACACACGUCAUUUCACACAUGCUCCACACCAAGCUAUUCUAUGUAAAUAUGGUAAUGAGAAUUGUACUAAAUUAACAAAUCCUGAACAUCGUAGUCUUUAUCGACAUGAAGGUCUACCAGACUAUCUGUUACCGUGCAGACAUCAAGAUCAAUGUAGAGAUCGAUCAGUAGAACAUUUAAAAAAAUAUAAACAUCCUUCAAAUUUCUAUGAAAAUACUUCAAAUUUGAAAUCGAAUACAACAAGUAAUAAUAAUAAUCAAUUUGAAUUUAAUCAACAAGCUUGUAGAUAUGGUAGUACAUGUCGUAAUCAAUCGGAUUCAAAUCAUUGUAAACGCUUUAGUCAUCCAACUACAACCGCUUCAUCUCAAUCAUUGAAUUUAAAAUCUACGUCUAGUUUUCAUGCAUGCAAUACUAGUAAUGAUAUGGAAAAUGCUUAUCGUAUCGGAGCAACUUUAGCUCUUGAAACACUUAGUCAAUCUGAUCAACAAGCAAUUAAAAAUAUGUCUGCAGAUUCAGUUAUUGUUGUACCAGGUACAUAUGAUCAUAUCGAUCGUGUUCUUAAUAGUUUAAAUAUAAAAUUUACAACUGUUAAUCAGAAUGAAAUAUUAACUUAUCCAUUUCGUAAUGAUCAAACAGUUUAUAUAAAUUGUUCAACAGAUUUUCCAACUGAUGCAGCUAGACGAAUACGACAACAUGUUGAAAAUGGUCUUCAUAUAAUUACAACUGAUUGGGCAUUAAGAAACGUUCUUGGAAUUGCAUUUUCCGAUUUCGUUCGACAUAAUGGAAAAUCAACAGGAGAUGAAGUUGUUGGUAUACAAGUUGCUGAACCUAAUCAUCCAUUAGUUAAUGGUUUUCUAUCGGCAUCUAAACAUGCCCAACCACAAUGGUGGUUAGAAAAGUAUUCCCAUCCAAUUGAAAUUGUUAAUAGAGACAAAGUACGCGUAUUAAUUCGAUCAGAAAUCUUAGGACAAAAAUAUCAAUCUGAUGCUGUUCUUGUUACAUUCGAUUGUGGAAAAGGCAAUGUUAUUCAUAUGAUAUCACAUUUCUAUUUACAACGUUCGGAAACUCGUGAUGCUCGUCAUCAAAUGUCAGCUAAACAAUAUGCAUUAGAUAUAAAAGCAUCAUCGGCUGCUACAGAUUUUGUUGUAAAUCAAGGUCAAAAUUUAAAUUAUGCACAAAUUCAAUCAUCAUCAACAUCAGCACAAUUUAUUUAUAAUCAAAUAUCUAAACGUUUAAAUUCAAAGAAAUAA